UGAUGACUUUGCAUGGACGCCUGUUUAAAUCUAACAUUAUUCGAGGAAUGAGAAUACUUGGCUUUCAACUUGCUUGCUUGCGAUGUGUCGCCGCUGAUGAGAAGAAUCGAUGAUCACGCAGACAGAAGGAAAGGAUAGAUCGCUUUUUUAUUACAAAGAAAAAAAAAGAACCGAAAAGAGGCACCUCGUAAUAUCAACUUACGGUUCGAUUCACAGUUGAAUUCGGUUUUGUAAAUCUGAAAAAAUUGUUGAAGAUUAAUUUUCAUCAUUCAUCGCUGUUGUACUUGAUAAGACAGCUCUGUUGUAAGUGAAAAAUGCCCCAUAAUCUUCUGAAACGCUUCAUUUUUAAUAAUAUCUGUAAUUAAAGCAUUCCUAAUUAAGAGGUUUUGCUAAAUUAUGAUACAGUACUCGAAACUGGUUAUUUCAAGGGUCAAAUUAAUUAUAUCUUUUCAAGCUUUUUUAUAUGACACGCAUUCUAAGGCCUAGUUUUUCUUAAUAAUCGUAGCCGCUGAGCGCGUGAUACUUAAUUAGGCAUUUUAAUUCCCUUCCAUAUUAACAGAGCCAGCAAACAAUUUAACUAACAUUAUUUUUAUCAUGUUAAUCUUCCAGAUAAGAUAAUGUAUAGUAAAGUAUCGCUAUAGUUCGAUAUAAUCAUCAGCGAAAUUUAAUCACAAUCACCGUUUGUCCAAUUUUACUUUGAGAAGUACAGCUUUUUAAUGAGGCAACGUCCCAGUCAUUUUCUUUGUCGUAUUCGCAUCUAAAGCUGGCGUCUACUGAAACCACUCAAUGGUUGCUGACUAGCCGGGACGGGUGUUCCGGCGUUCAAAGCAUUGCUGGGUUGUAUUGCAAUAGUAAACCACGAAGUUCCUUCGGGCGAAGCUCAAUUAGGAUCAACAACGACAAAGGCAAGAGUGCAGAUGCCGUCAAUCUAAUCUUCUUUUUAAGGACAAAUGAGCAGAAUCGUUUGUUACCCGACUGUGAAGUAAGUAAGGAGCCAAUGCUGUCACAGCCGCAUCAUCGAGCUGGGUUUCAGCUUCUUGGGAAAGGGCGAGUGAUGACCGCGGGUUGACUGGCACUUCGGUGGCUGCAAGUGCGCUCCAGUACCGCCCCUGCGACGCGGAUAGCGCGAACAAAAUGCGCUGGCAGGGAGAGAUGAGGGGUUGAAUCCGAACCCGAAGUGCCCGACGAGCAGGCGAGUAAAUUGAAGCGGACAGCGAGCCUCGCGCGACUAAGCCUGGCGGCGGCAGAAACAGCAGCAAAAGUAGCAACCACGAUCGGACAGUCUGCUUGGGCGUGGAGCCGUGCGGAACUAUAGACGCCGCCAUUUCGGUCCAAUCGGCUAUGAGUUCCGCUUACCAGCUAUAAGUCGUUAGCGGCUGGCCACUAGGCGCCAUCUUUAGCAGUCGAUCCACAUCAGCGACAAAGAAAAUCAUCAACAGGCAAACUGUUUUUAACUUUUAAAAAUACUCUUUAAUACGAAUAUGCGAAAGUGCUUCAUAAGCUUCUAUACUUCGGAAUACUAGUGUGCUCUACCAUUGUUGGUGUAUUGCGUCUUCAGUGAAUUAGCAAAAAAAAAAAGACAAUUCAGUUGCCAGGAUGGUUAACUUGUAAAAAGCUUGCUUUUAAUAUAUAAAGGAAGAAUAUGCAAGGGGUCACAAUGGGAAUUUCAAUUAUCUUAACGAUCCCUUUGUAGUGAGAAUUUUGAAGCAGAUGCCACUAAGUGGGACAAAUCAACAACUAAAGCCUGCGGUCGCUAAAGCUCAGCAAAAAGGAAAGCACUUCCGGUUUAAGAUGGACUUUCUACUGCGUGUUUUAUACUAUGUUUGGCUUAGUCUUUUGGGGCUAGCUAAUUUAGCGCAUGUUGAAUCAGGUUUUGCGCGUUCUCGGGUCGACUCUGGAAGAGGAAACCAUGUUAGAGCGGGUGUUGUACACAAUACCCCGCCGUCGUUCACAUCACAUCGGGACUGGAUUGUUGAUGAAAGUCACCAUGUUGAUGAAAGAGUGUUUGCUGUAAGAGCUGUUGAUCCUGAUGGAGAUCCAAUUCGGUUUAGUCUGGCGCCCGCGUUAUUCCGUGAUGGUUCGAGCUAUUUUCGUGUAGAUCCGAUUACGGGCGAGGUUUUCCUUUCCAAGAGUCUCAAAGGUAUGGGAGCUAAUGACUUGUACAUAAAUAUACGAGCUGAUGAUGGACACCACCAGGUCAAGAUGGAAAUCGGCAUUAAGAUAGUAGGAGCUAACCACGGUUCGCCGCAGGAGCGUAAAGACGAACUGGAUGCAGCUCCGAGUAAACCUUCUAUAUCGGACAUAAGACAGCCAGCAUCCACAGGGCACGACAUCAACUUAGCCUCACUGCCACAACCUAAUCCUUCGGACGACGCCAAAAGUUUUUCUGACGUACAGGAAACUUCGAAUCAUAAUGUAGUCAUACUUGUACUAAUAGGGACAAUAAUUUUAAUAUUCACGAUAGUAUUAUCUUUUUUUUGGAGGAAAUGGGCAGGUCUAGAGGAGUCAGCUGGAUCCAAGGAAAAAGUUCAAUCGAAAGGAAGCUUUUUCAACUUGGGAAAUGACAAGGAUCACAAAGACGCAAACAAAGAGAUAGCCUUGUCCAGACUACCAUCACAGCCGGCGUGGGCUGCAGUGCUCGAGAAAAGAGAGCCGGUACUUAAACCGGCCGAGUUCUUCAAUACAUUAACGGAUGACAAGUGGGAAUUUCCGCGGACUAAAUUAAAAGUUUUACAACACAUUAGCGAAGGUUGCUUUGGACAGGUUUGGAAGUAUGAAGCAUUCCAAACUGGAAGUAACGAGGAUUCAAGGUGCAAGAAAUUUUCGGAUGGUAAAACAAGCAGUGGGUCCUCGAUAAUCGUCGCCGUCAAGACCCUGAAAGAUCCGAAGUCUGAGCAAGGAAGGCAGGAUCUAUUGAACGAACUGGAGAUUAUGAAAUUACUUGAUCCACAUCCAAAUGUUGUCACUUUACUGGGUUGCUGCACCGAAAGAGAUCCGCUGUUCGUAAUAAUGGAAUAUAUUAGCCUUGGAAAACUGCAGACCUUCCUUCGUGAGAACCGCCGACCUUUUACAGAACAAAGAGAUUCAUUCGACGCCAGAUCAGCGCCACUUACCUCGACCGAGCUGACGCAAUUCGGUUAUCAAGUCGCCAAAGGAAUGGAAUAUAUUGCUUCAAAGGGUAUCGUUCAUCGAGAUUUAGCGGCUCGUAACGUUCUCGUCACAGAGAAUCGACAAUGUAAAGUGGCGGAUUUCGGACUCGCUCGAGACGUAAUCUCAUCGCACGAGUAUGAACGGAAGAGUGACGGAGUGCUGCCGGUCCGAUGGAUGCCUCCUGAAGCUCUGUAUGACAACGUACAUACGUCAAGGAGUGACGUUUGGGCGUUCGGCAUUCUUUUAUGGGAAAUCGUAACACUGGGUUCUACACCCUACCCCGGCAUGACGGCUAUGGAGGUAACACGUGGAGUACGGGACGGGUAUCGUCUUCCGAAGCCGGAGCAUUGCAAACGGGAAAUGUACAAUAUCAUGUCUUAUUGCUGGGAAGCGAAUCCUACCAAACGACCGUGCUUUACCGAGCUCACAUACAUGCUUGAAAAAUUAAUUAUCAGCGAAAAUGAUUACAUCGAGUUAGAGAGGUUUCCCGAACAUGCAUAUUAUAACGUAUGCCAUUAUCUGCCGGGCGAAAAGUUAUAAAAGGAAAACCACCACCUAUUGGCAAAAAGCAGCCAUACCAAUAUAAACCGAACAUGAGACCAAAAUAGAAAGUUACUGAGAAGUGCGCUCAAACAAAGACACAACUCGAUUUAGUCAUUAGCUUAUUUUAUUUUUUUUUACCAUAUAACUCACUACGUUUACGAUGUACCUUGAUGGUAUGCCACUUCCUGCUAGGUUUACAAAGUUUCAAAGUGCCUCCCCACCCCGGUGACUGAAGGAAAUUCGAAGUCUCUGUAUAACAAUAGCGAUAAGAUGCUUUUCAGUUGAAUGUACAAAAAACACUCUCGCUCUUUGUUAUGGCUAUGGUAGUGAUGUCAGGAACGUAAUAAUCAGCUUACCUGGCCCAUAGCUGACAAGUUGGUAAGCUAUUUCAGGUGAUAUCUGCAUGGCACCUAUUUUUAGUCGUAAUCCAAGUAAAGUUAGUCUCUAAGUGAAUUUUAAUGAAAUGUGUAAAGUUCGUCUCGAUUAUCGUAGUAAGUCAACUAAGUCAACCAUCAGUACAUCAAAUGUCUAUGCAGCUGAUAAAUCAUGUGGCUUUGAGUAACAAAUGAAAAGAACUUUUGAGAAUUAAGAGAUGUUUUGAAGUUACACAAAGUACUCAAAAAGUUACACAUUAUAAAACCAGGAAAGGAACAAACCCAGAAUAUUCUUUAACGUCUCGGAGCCGAAGUAAAUGAACUUAAGAUCUCAGUAGUGCUUAAUUAUCUAAAUUUUACGGAAUUCUCGCAGUGCUGGUAUCUUACAUCUAAGAACACCGAAAAUAAUCAACGCAGAUUCAUUCAGUAAUCGCGCAUGCAUUUUUUUUUCAUUUCUGAAAGCAAAGGGUUCGAUGAAAACGGUAAGUACUAGCUGUUCUAGUUUAUCGUACUGGCCAAAAACUUUUGUUGUGUUUUAUAAUAAUAAAUAGAUGACUUUUUUGACAUAUAUAUUGUGUGAGACUUGUACAUGAAUGACUGAAUAUAUUUUUCCAAUAGAAAAUCUGCAAUAGGUUUUUGUGUAGCCUCUUUAACUAUUUAUUUUAUCAGUUAAAUUAUAUCGACAAAUGAUUGUAUGUAUACAUGGUUCUUUUAAGUCUGCCUAAUUUGCUGUGCUUUUUCUAAACAUUUGAGAGCAAAGCCGAUCGAUGCAUUUCAAUUUCGUCUAGAACGUCUGUUUUAGGUAUUUCGCCUCAAGUGCUUAUUACGAUGGUCAUCUUGAUAACAGAUCAGAGGAUCCGGUUUCUUUUUCCGAUUUCCCAUAUAGCAUCUUUAGAAGUGGUUUUUAUUUUCAACAAUUAUAUUAAUUGUGCCGAUGUGGCAACAGUAGUCUAUCGGCGUUUUCGAAGGUUACUAACACACGAGUUAGCUUAAAGCACAGUAACUUCUCGCAUUUGCAUAGGUCUCGUUUUAAGGUGCGAAGGACGUUUUAAAUAAAUUCAGGUAUGUGCAUCGAAUAUUUCCAUUGCUGUGGAUACAUUCCUAACCAAAAUUGGGAAGGAUGAGUAAGUUGCACAUCUAAGAAAUGUCUACUGACAAACUUUUGUUUUUCUGUGCAUGGAAGCAAACUUGUCGGUACUAUUUGAUAAAGCCUUUUUCCGGGAGCCAAGGAAAAACUUCCUUCGAUUUUCUACGAGUGGGAAAACUUAGUCCACUUAAUGUUAUGUAUAUACGUAGGUUAAGUCUGUGUUGAUUACGGUCAGUGAAAGCCAUUGUAGAAAUAGGUUAUAUAUAUAGUAAGCGUCUGAAUAUAAACUCAUGGAGAUUAUUUCUUUUAUACAUAUAUUUUAUCCAAUUGUAAGAUGAGAAAAAUAAUAAUAAUAAACCACGAGAAAGCCGUAAAUAGAUAAACGUUGGUUGUCAUUACGUAUGGUGUCUAGCAAAUAAUAAUUUUUACUUUUGUGGCCCAAG